AUGUCCGUCAAACAAACACCUUCAAAUCCUACGCAAUCAUCUGAUGCUCUUCAAUCGUCUUUCCAGACCCUUCUAGAGAACUAUCAAACCACCAUACCGGCUAGGGUGAAAUUGAUUGACUCUUUCCUGCUAUUUAUAUUCCUCAGUGGGGUAUUACAAUUCGCCUACAGAGUACUGGUUACUAGUUAUCCAUUUUAUGCUUUUGCUGGAGGCUUCGGAUCAACAGUAGGACAAUUCGUGCUGCUGGCUGGAUUGAGAGCUCAAGUUGCUCCUGGACGAGAUGGUGAAUUCAAAGAGGUUUCUCAGGAGAGAGCAUUUGCAGAUUUCUGCGCAGCAUCGGUGAUUCUUCACCUAUUCGCUUUCAAUUUCUUGGGAUAA